CUGGAAGUCAUCACAUAAUAUAUGUCUUAUUGUUUAGGGAUUGUGGGACCCCUUGGACCUCCUGGACCGAUGGGAUUUACUGGAAAAGAUGGAUUACAGGGUACACCUGGACUGCCUGGUUUACCAGGCCAGAAAGGCAAAGAUGGAGAACCCGGACUGCCAGGGAGGAAAGGCAGUCGAGGGAAGGACGGGCCUCGAGGACUUCCUGGCGCUAGUGGGAUUCCAGGCGUGCCUGGCCUCAAAGGACAAAAAGGUGAAACCGGAGAAACGGGUUUCCCAGGUCUGACGGGAUCAAGAGGCGAUAAAGGUAGUAAGGGUGAUGCUGGAAUAUGUCAAGAGGGGUGUGAUGUUCCACAAAAGACAAGCACGAAAACAACUACAGCGACUACUACAUUGCCUACAACAGCAUUGACAACAACUACAGCAUCAACACCAACGAUAUCACCACGAGCAAGGAAUUGUCGAAUUAAAGUAAUCGGGAAGCCUCUGUUCCACAGGCAGUCCAGCUACAUACUGGGGUCGUGGAUGAAAGACCCUGUUCCUAUGCAUCAGAGUGACGUCGAUAAAGUCUGGGUGACUAACGGUAUCACAGGCAACAAGUUGUUCGAGUACGUCAGUCACCAGACGUUUAAGACGAACCAGCCUAGUAGCGUGUACGAUCUGGGCAACAUUCCUUACUACGGCACAGGCAAUGUCGUUUACAGAGGCUCGCUCUACUACCAGUGGAGCGGUCUCAACAAGGUCGUCAGGUUUGACAUAGAAGCCGGGGCGGUUAUUGCCGUGCGGAAGAUAAGCGAAUCUCUCUACAAAGGAAAGAAAGCUGUGUACUUGUCAAAACACGUCUACUAUGAUUUCUCCGUCGAUGAAACUGGACUGUGGGUGAUCUACGCUACAAACUCUGUGAUGUCGAAAGUGAAAGUUGCUAAAUUGGACGCCGAAUCUCUUGUAAUCUUAAAGACGUGGACGCUGCAAGAGGCUGCACGGACGCAUGGAAAUGGUUUUAUAAUGUGUGGUGUUCUAUAUCUUGUAAAAAAUUGUAAUAAUCCUGUGACAAAAAUUGACUAUGCAUACGAUUUGUACACGGAAAAAUACCGCAAUCCAAACCUACGGUUCACGAAUCCAUUUAGACACAAUGUCAUGGUAACGUACAAUCAUAAACAGCAAAAUAUAUUUGCAUGGGAUGCAGGCAGUCAAAUUACAUAUCCUAUGAUAAUAUCAUAGGGAAACUGUUCACUUUAUGUUUGAAGUUGAAACUUAAUAGAUUGUUUUCCAAGGAAUCCGAGGAUGCUAGCCAAUGUUUCAUAAAAUGAACCCAACAUGACCUACCGGGCCUCAAAAUUAUCUGCAAGGGUGCCAGCACCAAAACCCAGAUAUAUAUAAAUGUUUGUGGAUUUUGGAAAUGUUUGAAUCUAUUUAUAUCAAUGUAGAGAUGGCCAAUUCUAUAAAAUAAAUUUCAAAAUCCAUGAUGGCUGCCAUAUUGCUCGAAAUUCAAAAUUGCCACUAAAUUCGUGAAAUUUUCUAAUGGGUUCAACAAAUACAUUUGAUAAUUAUGUCCUCUUUAUGUUGUUAUAUUGUAUAUGAACUGCCACAUUAUUUUAGCAGGUGUAUAAUCAAAUAGAAAAUGAACCAAAAUAGCCCCCACAAAUAGACAAAUGUUAUCAGAAAAGGCAUUUAAAAUACAGACUUGGUAAAACAAGUUCACAAAGUAACGCCACACCUUUUUAGACUGUGUUAAAAUUGUGUUGAACAUUUUGUCGGGAAAUAGUUGAUGAUUAACAUAAUUCAUGUGGAAAUUUAUUCAUGAUGUAGUAGAUGUUUCAUAAAUGAUGAUAAUGAAUUCGUUUUUGUGGGAUUUCUGUUUUUUCUAUGUGAAAACAGGUCUACUAUUUGAUUAAUAAAUUAUGUUUGUGUUU